CGCAAUCUCCAGCUAUUUCAGCCGCGGCGCAGCCGCACGAACAAACCCGGCAGCGGCGGGCUAGGGGAAAGAUGGGGGGAAAUGCCGACGCGUUAUUGCUGUGGGGUUGUGUAAAUUAAUUGACCCCGUUUUGACGAAAGCCUCAAGUUAAUCUCAUAACUAAGCUCAGACGAAGCACAAAUGUAGCCUGGGCGCUGCUACAGGCCGCAGUAGGCCUGGGUUUCUUACUAUAAGACUCAUGAGAGGCGGGCUAACGUUGGGGAACUGAAAAUUACCCCCAAACGAAGAGUUGUGGGUUCGCUUUUAAUAUCUACACAUUACACACUAGUAAAGUUAAGGGGACAAUGUGUUCACUUUAAGGGUACGCCGCGUAUUAGUUAUCUUUGCGCCAUGCUAGUGGAGGCGAAGUAGGAAAACGCGCCGUUUGUUAAUGCUAAGCAGCUAGCAUGACCCGCCAACAACAUCAAUCAACCGGAAAGUAUGGGCGCACAGUACCGUGUAGCGAGUGUGACACAGGCUGUGAGCACCAUGGAUGAGCACAGUGUGCACCAGGCAGACAUUAGCACCAUCGAGGCCCAUGCCGUGACUGGCCAGGUACAGCAGGUGCAUGUGGCCACCUACACAGAGCACAGCAUGCUGAGUGCGGACGAGGACUCUCCCUCCUCGCCCGAGGACGACGCCUACGAUGACUCUGACAUCCUCAACUCCACGGGCACUGAUGAAGUCACGGCACACCUGGCCGCUGCAGGGCCAGUCGGUAUGGCGGCAGCAGCUGCAGUAGCAACAGGGAAGAAGAGGAAGCGUCCACAUAUCUUUGAGUCCAACCCAUCCAUCCGCAAAAGGCAGCAGACGCGACUGCUCAGAAAACUGAGAGCCACCCUCGAUGAGUACACGACCCGGGUGGGCCAGCAGGCCAUCGUACUGUGCAUCUCUCCCUCUAAACCCAACGCAGUGUUCAAGGUGUUUGGCGCUGCCCCACUGGAGAACGUGGUGAGGAAGUUCAAGGGCAUGAUCCUGGAUGACCUAGAGAAUGCACUGGCAGAGCACGCUCCCCCCGGCCCCGAGCUGAGCUCUGAACUCCCACCGCUCACCAUCGAUGGCAUCCCCGUAUCUGUUGACAAGAUGACACAGGCCCAGCUGCGAGCCUUCAUCCCCGAGAUGCUGAAGUACUCGACGGGCCGUGGGAAGCCCGGCUGGGGCAAGGAGAGCUGCAAGCCUGUGUGGUGGCCAGAUGACAUCCCCUGGGCCAACGUCCGCAGUGACGUGCGCACCGAGGAGCAGAAACAGAGGGUGUCCUGGACGCAAGCAUUGAGGACCAUUGUGAAGAACUGCUACAAACAGCACGGCCGUGAAGAUCUGCUCUACGCUUUCGAGGACCAACAGGCUCCCCAGACACAUAUGACCACGGCCACCGCUGCUGUCACCCACGGCAUUGCCCAUCUGGUACCUUCGCAGACCGUGGUGCAGACCAUUAGCAACCCUGACGGCACUGUAUCCCUUAUACAAGUGGGAACCGGGGCGACUGUAGCCACGUUAGCCGAUGCCUCGGAACUGCCUGCCACUGUGACUGUGGCCCAGGUCAACUACUCCACCGUGGCUGAUGGAGAGGUGGAGCAGAACUGGGCUACGCUACAGGGGGGAGAGAUGACCAUCCAGACACCCCAGACGUCAGAGGCCACGCAGGCCGUGGCGUCACUGGCAGAGGCCGCUGUGGCCGCUACCCAGGACCUGCAGGCUGGAGCCACGGUCACCAUGGCACUCAACAGUGUGUGUGGUUGCAGUGAAGCAGCAGCCCAUGCUGUGGCGACACUUGCAGAGGCAACCCUGCAGGGCGGGGGGCAGAUCGUGCUGGCGGGGGAGACGGCGGCUGCAAUGGGAGCUUUGGCCGGGGUGCAGGAUGCCAGUGGACUCGUCCAGAUCCCCGUCAGCAUGUACCAGACUGUGGUCACCAGCCUCGCGCAGGGUAACCGCCCCGUGCAGGUCGCCAUGGCACCUGUCGCCACACGUAUUGAAAACACAGUCACUCUGGACGGGCAGGCGGUGGAGGUCGUGACCUUGGAGCAAUGACGCUGACUUCACUGGAUUCCCUCGCGUUUCAAGGCAGGACGUGCCAAUCUCCCCUGUGCUCUCCUUUAAGAGAACCAUACUUGAGUCGGUUGGGUUUCCUUAGUCUUGUUGGAUGUGACUGAGUAAUGUACAGAUGCAUUUUGUGUAAAUAUAGUUAGUCAUUUUUUCCACUUUUAAGCAUUUUUUUUGGAAGUGCAUGAGGCAGACUUGGGAUUUCUCAGUUUGUACAUUAACAGCUUACAACACAGACUUUUUUCUCCCCCCCAUUCAAUACCCAAUAGUCUUCAUACUUUUGGACACGUCUGUGACAUUUCAGGCCUCAUAUUCGUCAGUAAAAUGCCUCUAGCUGGUGCUAUAAUCACCGUGCCCUCUGCUUAUAGGCGCUGUGUCAUUCCUCAGGUAGAUACACACCGCAAGAUGGACUUCUGUUGCAGCCUCGAUGUACAUUGCUCAGUAUAAAAUUCCAGGUAAAUAGGCCAAGAUGUAGAAGGCAGGCAGAUGCUUCAACUUGGAGUGUGUGGUGAUGGUAGAUUCCAAACCAAAUGUACAAGUGCUUGAGGGUUAAGCCUUCGCUCCAGGUUUCUUGUCCCUUGAGGAUCUUUGCCAGGACAGCUGUGGGUAUUCCCCCCCCGCCCCAUCCUACCCCCAUGGGUCAAGAGGUCACAUGCUGAGUGAGGGUCCUCUUUCAGAGAGAUGCAUGUGUUGUGUGUGUGGGAACCGACCCCCCUCCCCUAAGACCCCAGUGUACAGGAAACCGUUGAGUUUAUUGGGCUUGUCCCAGGCAAACACUCCAGUAUGUACUGACUGGUCCAAGGCUGUGGGUGCACUCACAGCGGUUCUGUUUGGAAGAGUAGUACGGACAUUACUACUUUGGUUAAAUGAUUUUAGGACUUGCUUUCUCUUGUAUUUACCACUUUAUAUGAAAUUGUCACCAUUUGUUAGUGCAGAUAUGUAUUUCUCUCAUGCCAGAUCUUACCUCAAAGGUGUGUUUUUUGAAUAAUGUUAAUUGUGAAUAAUAAUGUAAGUUUAACAUG